AGGACUGUACAGUGUACACUGGCGGAUAGAGUCAUGAAUACUAUUAUGACAAAAGUACUCAUCGUGGCCUUUUUGGCCGUUGCAACUCUGGGGUACAAAGUUGACAAGACUUCUGAUACCGACAAGUUCAAAUCGGGCAUUAGAGCGCUUUGCACGAUCAAUAACGCAGAAGAGGAAGCGACUCAAGCUGUGGCUGCCUUUGAAAGUUUUUACAAUUACUUUGCGACAUUUGCUACCGAUGCUUUUGCUUACGAGUUCUGGGAGGCAAAAAACAAAGGUGAACUAAACAAAUUCUUCAACAAGUACUGUAGCAAAGCGCAAGAAAUAAAGACAGGUAUCAGUACCUUCUUCGGUAAACUCUACCCUUGUUUGCACUCCACUGUCCGCAAUGACGUCACGGCUGACAACGCUGCCACGGCGGAGUUCAUUGACUACUUUUGCCACAAUGAUGGCGAAAGACCAAUUGCUUUCCUGACUGAAGGUGGUUCUGAUUAUUUGAAGAAGAACUCAGGAUACGUUUCUAAUUGUGUUACCGAGAAGCGUAAAAAUAUAACCGAAAAUGACAACCCGUUCGACGUCUACAGCUUCUGUGGUCGAGUGGUGGAUGUUUUGUCGUGCGCUUUGAAGAUUCUCGAGGAAUCUCCGCUAAAAAACGCCAUCAACCAAGGACAGUCGUUGGUCACUUUCUUCACGAAGCACACAUUCUGCAAAGACCGGGUAAAAACGGUGUAGAUAUUUUGCAACAUUUCAAUUUUUUUUUAGACUUGUUUAAAAUGGCAAAAAACGGACAAUUUAAGACUGCUUAAGCUCACGUGACACGUGCUUUCUAAAUAUUAAUCGAUUUAUUAAUUUCUCAUUUCAUUGUAAACAAAAAACUAAGAACUUAUUUAAAAAAAUCCAGAGGAGGUUACGAUUCGUGUAAUUUUUUUGGAGUAUGUUCAAACACAGCUCUACCGUCCGUGGACCGAUCUGUAUAAU